AUGAAGGUUGACGCCAAGGCUGACUCCAGCGUGCUUGUGCUGAAGGUGGGCACCUCCACCAUUAUGACUUCGGAUGAACGAGGACAGCGCGUCAACGUGGCCAACCUCUCCAGACUAGUGGAAGUGAUUUCUGACUUGAUCCACAAGAACUACAAGGUCGUAUUGGUUUCCUCAGGAGCUGUCGGCAUGGGCUGCCGGGAGCUGGGCCUUGAGAAGAAGCCAACUGACCCGGAGAUGAAGCGCGCGGUGGCGGGGGUGGGCCAGAGCCGCAUCAUGCGCAUCUACUCAGAGCUCUUCGAGACGGUGGGCGUUCGCGUGGCGCAGUUGCUGGUUAGCCAGCGUGACUUCCUGGAACAGCAGCGCUGGACCGAGAUCCGAAACACCAUCGAAGCCUGCCUCCAGGCGGGCGUUGUUCCCAUCAUCAACGAGAACGACACCACCAACACGGAUGGCAUGCGCUUCGGGGACAACGACAACCUGGCGGCGCUGACCGCCGUGCAGCUGCAAGCCGACGGGGUGUUCUUGUUCACAGACGUGGACUACCUCUACACCGCCAACCCCAACGUGGACCCCACUGCAGAGCCCAUGAAGGUGGUCAGCGAGGCCUUCGAGCUGAAGGUGGACACCCGAGAGCCAGGCACUGCGCUUGGAACCGGGGGCAUGGGCACCAAGAUCGCAGCCGCACGGACCGCCCACUGCGCGGGCAUCCCCUGCGGAAUUUUGCACGGCAAGCACCCGGAGCGCAUCUACAGCUUCCUGUCGGCUUUGGAGGACAGGCGCAUGAAUCCACGGUCCCCUUGUGAUUGA